AUGGAUAGUUUGGAUCAAUACAUUGGCAUAUCGUUGAUCAGAAAUCAAAUCAGCAACCUUCCUGAGGUCUUAGAAUGUCCAAAGCUCCAAAUAUUACUAUUACAAGACAAUGAAACUGCAUGGUCUUGUUCAAAUGAAUUCUUUUCAAGGAUGAAUGAACUUACUGUUUUAGAUUUGAGCAAACAACCUUUCUACAAUAUUCGCAAUCCAAUUCGUAGUCCUGAUGCUUUCAAUAACCAAACGUCUCUUCAAACAUUAGUUCUUGACGGAAUUAAGUUUGGGGACACUAAAUUUCUUGGACAGUUAAAGACGCUUGAAGUCCUUAGCCUCAGGCAUGCCUUCUUUUCUGAGGCACCAAAUGCUAUAAGGGAGUUAACUAACCUAAGGUUGUUGGACAUGACUGAAAGCCGUCAUGAAUUUCUGAUUCCGGCCACAAUGGUAUUGCCUCUAUUCCAUUUGGAGGAGUUGUACUUGUUUGGCAUCACAUCUUCGAGUAUCGGAUGCCCUGCAGUGGAAGUAGUUGCUGCACUAAGAUCUUUGCCUCACCUAAAAAUGCUAACCAUUUCCAUACCUGACAUUACAUAUAUACCUAAGGACUUUGUUUUUCCUGAGCUGGAAAGUUUUAUUAUUUUUAUUGGAAAAUUGAGUUAUCAGGUUGUGGCUGAAAAUUAUUCCCCAAAUUAUUUGAGUCUUGCAAAUUUGGUUGGAACCAUGGUUAAUUGGAGUAAAUGGCUAAAGAUGGUGUUGAAAAGAGCUACACAUCUGAGGAUUGAAUAUUGUUCUGAAUUCGAAUACUUGAUCACCACAGAGGAAUGGGGGAUUUUAUCACAGGCACAACUACGUGAUCUGCAAUUGCUCUUCAACCUGGAAGAAUUGGUACUCCGAAAUUUGGAUUGUUUCAAAGGGAUAUGUCCAGCAAGUGCACUUACUACUUCCAGGUGGCUGUGCUUCCCAAAGCUCAGAAGUUUGACAGUUAACAAUUGUUCUUCACUAUCAACUGUUCUUCUUCCAUUCAAUUUUCUUCUAAGGCUACAACAUUUGGAGAUGCUUCGGGUAAUAAAAUGCGAGAAAUUGGAACAAGUAUUUGAUUUUGGUUCUGAAGGAGAAGGCAUGAAGCUGCUUUCUAGUUUGAACUGCUCCAGUCGUCAACAUGUGCAACUCAGCAACCUAAGAUAUUUGCAUGUCGAAUCAUGUGGCAAACUGAAAUAUGUCUUCCAACCUUCCAUAGCUCAAGCUCUUCAUCAACUUGAAUACCUUUGGGUAACUGACUGUGAAGAAAUGGAGGAAAUUGUUGCUGCGAAGCAAAACGAAGGGCAACAACAAGAAGAAGAGAGAGUGGACUACAAGAUGGUGUUCGAAAGUCUCAAAGAAAUCAGGCUUAUACGUCUUCCAAACCUAAGUGGUUUCUGCACAGGAGGAGACGACUUUCCUUUUGAAUGGCCAUCCUUGGAACGACUUGAAUUGUUUAAGUGCCGCAAAAUGAAGACUUUCGCUGCCACUACUUCCGGCAGCACACCAAAACUGAAGGAAGUUGGAUUGGGAUGGUUCGGAUCCGGGAUACCGCUACAGGGGAUGGACUUGAAUCAGUUUGUGCAAAUCCAUGUCAUUUCAAAGCCACCUAAGUUUCAAAGAAAAUUUCAAGAUGAAAAUUCAUGA